GUCGUCUACUCCUCCACGCAAUGCUCAUCGCACACGCCCAUCCGAAUAAACCUACCGACUCACCCUUUACUUAGCCCUCCUCCCUGCGCAUUGCCGCUACCAAUCUCAUCCAACGAUGCCCUCAAAGCGAUCUCGCGGAAACGGCGCAGCAACCUGGGACGAUUACCGCUCGAGCUACGCGCUCGCCGCCAACGAUAGCGCUCACCACACCGAGACGUGGAGGCGGAUUCCUCACAGAGGCAAGAAAGACCGCGACGAGCUCUCGUCUUCACAGUCGCAGUCAUCUGACUCUCUCAGCGAAGAGGAUGCUCGCAAGCAAAGAGCACGUACGCAUCGAGGUCAUUCAAGCCUUCUCCGUCCCGCGAAACCCCGAACCAUCUGUCACCCAAUUCUCGCUAUUAUCAUUUUCGUACUUGUGGCAGGCGUUGCCUUCGUUGGUUCAGUGAUAAUAGCGCAAUCGGCCGUCGACGCCAUCAUCGCUCCCUCUCCCAAAAGAUUCGGAGGCCACGUCCCCGGCAGCCUGCACUGGGACCGCACAGAACUGGAAGGGCGGGUUCUCGACGCUAAGGGAUCUAUGAGCCAUGCGCUCGUUUACAAGAGGAACGACGUCGAAGCGAUACGCGGCCUCGUGCAACGCUCCUCCGUCCCCUCGAAAAAGGAAGCGUUGGGGCACUUCGACACGUUCAUGAGGGAGGCGAAAGCGGCAGCCACGGCAUUGAGCAAGUUCGAGGCAAGGCUGCCACAAGUGCUUAGCAACGUUCGGGUGGAGAAUAGGCUGCUGCAUAAGAGGGUAUUGGACGAGUCGGAAGCGGGAGUGGGAAAGUCAAGCCUGGAGACAUUGCGCAAGAUCAUUGAGAAGGCUACAACGGAGCUGGGCACGCUGGCUGGACAGGCAGUGGGGGAGAUUCACUCUCAAUUGAUGGAGCUGGAGUACGCUCUUGGGGAGAUCCAGGAGAUCGUCAAUGAAGAUGAAAGACGGGGUGAAAAGAAUUUUGAAGAAAACCUCAAGAAGAGUUUGAAGAGCGGAGCCUGGUCUAGGCUAGAUUCGGAGGGGGAGGCCCAGAGACAACAAAUAAAGAACAUUAGAGAGGAGCUGAUGAGAAUCAGACAAUUCGUCAGCACGUGCCAGAAACACGUCAGCGAAGUCACCAGGCGUCUGGACACAGUAACCAAUGAGCUUAACGACCUUCAUAUGAGGCAGAGCGAGCUGGUGAUUGAUCAAGCUCGUCCAGAUGAACUCUACAAGGUGUUGCUGGAGAACAAACAUAUUAGCGCAAAGCUCGAAAGGACACUCAAGAACAUUGAUGAGUUGGAUAAAAUUAAUGCAGAUAUCGACGCCGGCACAUAUAAGGGAGACUACUUUGCUCUUCCUAGAUGGGUCCCAUUUGAAUGA